AGAACGAAGAAGAAGAACCAUAGCAACGAUUGAAACAAAAAUGGAGUUAUCCGCCACUGUGUUUUGGUCCAUUUUAAACGUUUUCGGUUUAUUUCUCUUGUAUACUGCCGUGACUACACACGAAAAUACAACACACUAUGGCUUGAAUACUGAAUUCCAGAACGUAUCAUAUAGUGUUAAAGACAACUAUACAACUACACAGCCGACAGAGUUUGAUUCGACAAUCCCGAAAACACCGAGGUUCAGCAGCCCAGAGGAGCCCGUUCAGUCAACAACGCCCGCUGAGCCCCUGCCCGUCUCCGGCCGCCUGCUCACUCCUGGUACCACAGUUGGAAGCUUGUGUCCCUGUGACAAGCUUAUGGGUGUGUGUGACAUCAACUGCUGCUGUGACAGAGCAUGUAGUAAGGAGAUUGCUCUGUUCACCGGCUGCUCAGUUUACACUAUCAGUGGCAUAAAGCAGCGGUGCAGCAAUGUGGUUGUGACUUACUCUUUAGGGAGCAGGCUUGAUGGAUAUUCAGAGCUUCAUUCGUUUGUCCGGAAGGAGAUUAAUUAUGACAUCUUCUGCAUUCAGUCACAGAACCGUGUUGAUGGAUUAUCUCACCCCUCUCCUGCUCUUCCAACUGACAGCAACUUUGACUCACUCUUUGAGGAGUUCAUCAGGUUUUAUUUUGGUUCAGAAGAAAACGGCAGUCCAGAAAACCCUGUAGACCACCAGACCCUGUCAGGGUACCAGUGUGGUGAUGUGAUGGUGACAGCAGGAGAGAGUGGACAGGGAGGGAUAUUCUGGCUACCAGCUCCUUUAGUCACUGCUGAAUGUGUGGACAACAGUCCUGCAGCGUUCUUAAAGGAUCAGAGCAGUCUGUGUUCUCGUCGUCUGGUCCUGAAGCACGACUGUGAAUCUCUUCUGGCCCUCCGCAUUGACACUUACACCAACAUGGGGCUCUUUGCUGGGAAGACUCCAGAUGCAGCAGAGCUUGUACCUGUGGAGUUGGCUUCAGUUAUCCUGCAGACUGUUGAUGGGAGUCAGACAGAGCUCAUCAUCAAUGGUGGAGAAAACCUCAACCCUGUUCUGAAUCCCACAGCCUGUGUUAAUGUGGUGCUCAAGGUCGCAUAUCUGACUACGUUCAAUCCAUCCGGUAAGAUAUUGAAUGUGACGGUGUCUCUGGUACUUGGAUUUGUCCGUGAAGCUGCACUGUCCCUGGAACAGGAGUUUAGCAUCACAUUUGUCCAGGAGAACGGGGAUGAUGGGGCCAUACACUACAGUGGAAAUCCAGGUUAUGUGGUGGGGCUACCUCUUGUGUCUGGAACAAGAACAGUCGAAGGGAUCAUUCGAAGCGUUGACUCCAGGGACACAGUAUCUCUUCUUCACAGUGCUGGAGACCAGGACUGUCUGCAGGAACCACACAAGCGUUCCCCCGUCCUGUUUGGUCUGGAUUCUGUGUCCGGCUGCACAUUAAGACUGACAGAUACUGCCAACUGCUCUCUGGUCGUUCAGGUUCUUUUGGAUGUUUUAAGAGGAACAAACAGGGGCAAAUUUGUGGCAUCUUUUGGAAACACUCCGCUACACUAUCCACUGGAUUGGGUCCCGAUAGAGAGCAACUUCAAUUCUGUGGAUGGACAUUGCAGGAUCCCAUUGUCGAUCCACCUACAAAUUCAGUGGACUAGGUAUGGAUCAUUGAUAAACCCCCAAGCUCAGAUAGUGAGCAUAAAGGAAGUAAUCCAAACCAACAUCACCAGUUUGGACAUGUUGUCUGGAAGCAACAGCAUCCUGUCAGUCAGGACCUCAGUGGCCUUUAUAUCAUUUUCUGCUGCUGGUCUUCCUGGUUACAGAGCCACGCCCACGAUCAACACCAAACUUCCAUUUGACUUCUUUUUCCCAUUUGUCUGAGUACACAUGGAAACAGAGAAGAGGUCAAAUGGGUAUUCUGCAUUCAUGGUGGGCUUGUCUUACUGUGUCCAAGCUACCACGAGGAACCUUCCUCCCUCUUUUAUCCCAAAAAAUACAUUACACAUCUUUACAGUCAAUCUCUCUAUAGUAUAUGAUAACAUAACCAAAAAUCCUGUUUAUACAACUAGCAUGUUGUGUUCCUGUAUAUUCUGUGAAUAAUUGAAAUAGAAUUGUAAAAAAUGAAA